AUUGACGUGCGACGGUAACACAACCUGGAACUGUCUGUCGCUGGACGAAGGGCAGGUUAUGCAUCAUAAAAGUGACUCAGAUUUCCUUAUGACUCGUGUUUUACCACAGCUUUCAGUGCAUUUAGCUCAAAUAUUCGAGGACACGUCGCCAGGUGUAUUUACCCCGCGUAUCUGCGGAAGAAGGACAGCUAAAAAAGCAAGACUGUUUCAGGAAGAGCUGAAACAAGCGACACCUUCAACUGACUGAAGGGAGAGCAAUCAUACAGACGAUACAUUUCAUUUCCCAUGGACAAGACUUGAUCUCCCAGCAUGACAUCGGAGGCUUCGGUCUCCUCACCUCCUGCUAUAGGCAGCCCUUCUGCCCAAAGAGACUUCCACUUUCUCCGCUCCUUUGUGGCUGGAGGAGUGGCAGGAUGUUGUGCCAAAACAACCAUAGCUCCUUUAGACAGAGUAAAGAUUCUGCUACAAGCCCAGAAUCCUCAUUACAAACAUCUAGGUGUGUUUGCCACUCUGAAAGCUGUACCAAAGAAAGAAGGCUUCUUUGGCUUAUACAAAGGCAAUGGAGCCAUGAUGGUUAGAAUAUUCCCCUAUGGAGCUAUUCAGUUUAUGGCUCUUGACAAGUACAAAAAGUUGCUCAGUAAUAAGCUUGGGAUAUCUGGACACAUUCACUGGCUCAUGGCUGGGUCUAUGGCAGGUAUGACUGCAGUAGUUUUCACCUACCCACUGGAUGUGGUCCGUGCCAGAUUGGCCUUCCAGGUGAAAGGGGAGCAUCGUUACACUGGAAUUAUAAAUGCUUUUCAGACCAUCUAUCUUAAGGAAGGAGGACUGUAUGGUUUCUACAGAGGACUAAUCCCAACUCUUAUUGGAAUGGCUCCUUACUCAGGUUUCUCCUUCUUCACCUUCGGUACCCUGAAGAGCUUAGGACUGAAACACUUCCCGGACAGACUGGGAACCCCGUCUUUAGACAAUCCUAAUGUGCUGGUUCUGAAGGCACACUUCAACAUGGUGUUUGGAGGCAUGGCUGGGGCGAUCGCUCAGACCAUAUCAUACCCGCUGGACGUGGCCAGAAGAAGAAUGCAGUUAGGGGUAGUGCUUCCAGAUUCUGAUAAAUGUGUAAGUCUAACCAAGACCUUGAAGUACGUGUACACAACAUAUGGAAUCAAAAAAGGACUGUACCGAGGCCUUUCUCUCAACUAUAUUCGCUGUGUGCCCUCCCAGGCUGUGGCAUUCACUGUUUACGAGUUCAUGAAGCAGGUCCUGUACCUCAACUAGACUGGAAUAGACUUCAUGCCAAUAGUCUGCAUUAUGUCUUAAUAUUACCAUAGCAACCAUACGCUAGGUAGAAUCAUCCCAUCUCUUUGCUAUACUUUUUCAAAAAAAUAUAUCUUUGAUUAGCUUUUUUCUUUUUUCCUUUCUCCACUAAAAUGUUCUGUAAACUACAGAAAAAGGUCAAACCUGAAAAGAUUGCAUUCAGUGAUCAUAUUUAACCCAUUGACCAGUGGGGAAAUUUUUUAUAAACAAGACAUUGCAUUAAACAUGCAGCCUCAACAUUUAAUUUGCGCUUGGCCCUGCGCUUGGCCCUGCGCUUGGCCCUGCGCUUGGCCCUGCGCUUGGCCCUGCGCUUGGCCCUGCGCUUGGCCCUGCGCUUGGCCCUGCGCUUGGCCCUGCGCUUGGCCCUGCGCUUGGCCCUGCACUUGGCCCUCUGCUGCACUUUGCUCCCUGUAAUUACAGUGAGCAGUCUUUACUGCAUUUUUUAAUGCAAUUUCCAAUACAAGAAAGUGGGGAAAAUAAAAAUAAAUUUCUCUUCAAACAAAUCCAUUUGAACUUCAAAUUUGAAUAAUCGAUUUAAUCGAUUUUUUUUUGCCCAGUCCUUGACUGAGUGUAAUAGCUUUGAGGGGUAGGCAACUAAUUUUUCUUCAGAACAGCACAAACUUUUGCUUCAAUGAAUGUAAGGGAAUUUUAUCAAUAGUUCAGCCUUUUGCCUUUAUUUAAAUGAUUUUGUCAGUAAAUGUCAUACAGGUGUACUUUAAGUUAGUCUAGUCCUUUGCCUUAUUUGUUUUUAGGUUUGUAGGAAUCAGCUUAGGGUUUUUUUUUGUUUGGUAUAUGUCAUGUACUUGCCUGGCAUCCAGAAUACAUACUUCUCUAAUACUUUAUGAAAAUGGGAGUCUGGUCACUGGUGAACGUCCCUGUUUUCAGAUGGGCGUGAUUGGUUAUUCCACCUGUCAAUCAGGGACACGCAUAGUCCCUAUCAAAACAAAUUAACUGCUGUAAGAAAGAACAAAAUAUCACAAGAGAUGCAAAAACUUCACAGAUUUGUGUAGAAUCAAUGAAAGAAGCACUGAACUCUGUUAACCUGAGGUGAAAGAAAUUAGCUCUUUCAAUUCACAUGUGUCACUGAAAUAAACAAAUUUUAUUAGACGAUCACAUUUGGUUCUGGUUUGAGACAUGACAGAGGGCGUGGUGACCAAACUUUUAUCCCGCUGUAUGAAAAUACAGAGGAUUCUGAAUUACCCAGGAAAGUCAUGUCCCAUAUUUUCUGUAUAUGCAGGAUAAAAAAAAUAUAUAUUUUUAUAUUUACACAAGAUGACACUGUUCUAAUGUUUUGUUUUUUUUUUGUUUUGUUUUUUUUUUUAAUGCACUGGUUCUCAAACUAUUAUUAAUUAGUAUUUGCAUUGUAAUAGUAAAGGUUAGGUUUAGUUCUGUUAUAUAUAAGCACACUUACAUACUGUUAUGUAGUUUUUUCCAUACACAUUUAAAAAUGUUUGGAAACUACUGCUUUAAAUAUUAUGUUCUGAAAAACAUUUGCACUGAUUUGUUUAGCAAUAUUAUCUGGUAUUACUGUCUGAUUAGGCAAUGAAAAUUUGCACAAAUUUAUUGUUUUAACCAUUUCUGACACUAGGUGGCAGAAUAGCACACAAAUUGGUCUACCAACAGACUUGGGCAAGUCCCAAAUGCAUUUAUUAUUUAUACAAAGCCAGGAGUGAUGCAAGCUGUUUUAAUUGUACUCAAAUCCACAGAAUUUCAGGCGCCAAUGUUAAGUUCUGUCUUACCUUCAUUUGCAUCAUAUUUAUUGCUUUAUUUCAUAGUUUGACAGUUCUGCUUCUUCAUUUACAAGAAUAGAGACAAACUGCAAUUUAAAGUUGGACUAAACACCAAAACUCUGCCCAUGGCCACUUUUCAAAGAGCCGAUAAACUGGACAGUAGCCGGAGGACUAAAGAGAGUGAGGGGAGAGAAGGGGCGGGGUCUGGGGAUAUAAGGAACACUGAUUGGUCUAACAGUUAUCCACUCUUCAAACUCUUCCCCCGCAGUCAGGUGUUUAUAAUCAGAGGCAGUCUUGCGUGAUGUCAUCAGCUACUUGAAAUGGUAAAGGACACUGAAGGCCACAGUUGUCAAAAAUUACAUGGAGUAGAUAAUGCUUUUAAAACACCAUAUACACAGUUUAGUAGCGAAAGAAAGUGGAUUUAGUGUUUAGUUCCACUUGAACAAACAUGACAAAUUAAAAAGACAUUUAGCUCAACAAGAAACAGCAAGAAGAUUUGGUUAUACGGGUUUUAAUUCAGUUGGUAAACGUGAUUGGCCAUGUGUAAAAUAUAUGAAAUAAACAUGUUGUACAAUUGUUAUAGUUUACCACAUAUGCGACUGGUGCUUGUGUAACAUCACCUUAUUUGCAAUAUUUUGUAAAAACUACAGUCAUUUAUAUUAAUACAAGUAUUCCAUAAACUACAGUGCAUUAUAUAUUGGUAGUGUUUAUUACAAGUUAUUAAGACAUACAAACUACUGGUUCUGCAUCCAUUAAAGAGGGGGUAUUACACUUCUGUGGGGUAUUACACUUCUGAUGUAGAUCACCAUGUUACCUUUUAUUGUUUUGAAAAUGCUAAAUUUGCUCCCCCUUUACAGUGCUAUCACAUUACAAUCUGCUAAUGAAACUACUGCACAUCACAUCAGGUUUGUAAAGCUGUAGUGUUUUAUUUUGUAUCCAGCUUUUGUAUAUUUAUGGAGGAAGCAUGGGUGACAUAGGCUUGUGGGCGGAGCAUUGGACAAAUCUUACAGCUAACCAUAAGAAGGGUUUGAAUAAGGCCUGGGAGAGAUCACUAAAUUACUCAAACAUGCAUGGAUGACAUCUAAAACCUCUUCAGACUUGUUUUUGAUAAGUGAACAAGUGUGACAAGUGACAAGAGUGUUAUAACAUUGCAGAAAGCUUCAAAAAGUUAAUAAUACCCCCUCUUUAAGUUGCUGCUGCUUCAUACAGCCUUAACAAAUAUUACAGAGAUGUUUAAAGGUUUAGCUGCUCUAAGUGAUGUUUGACUGAACAAUGGAUUUGGUUUUGUUGUAAUCUUUUUUUUUUUUUUUUUUAUCUAUGUAAAGGUACAUUAAACAUCUUAUUGAUGAGGUGUAUCUGCUUUUACCUUAGCCUAAGCUAAAUAAAGG